AUGAAUUCCCACGGCCACGACAGAGACUAUGCCGACAGAAGUCGUUCUCAUCAGACGUAUGCGACUCAUUCCACCCAAAACGCUCAUACCACUCCUCCACCGACUGCCUCGCAGGUGACUGUACUCCACGCGCCGGUACAACAACGACCGUAUCGAGAAGAAUCGUCACCAUCUGAUCCCCCGACUGUUGUUCCCUACGUCCCAUCUCCUCCCUCGACGCCCGAGAUAGAUGGCCCGGAUCGGAUAUUUCCCCAGCAACAACAAGUAGCAGCUCCAAGACAUGUAGCCCAACCGCCCGUGAACCCCCAUCCAGCGCCGUGCGCUACUCAGCGACAACCGACCAUGGCUCGAUCCGCUGCUCCAACUUCCCAAUGGGCUGCGGCAGACUUCAAGAGUGAGAUGGUGCGGGACGUAGGGGCUUCCGUUACUCCAGGCAUCGACAGCACUCCCUACAUCCAGUACGCUUUAGAAGCAAUGACUAGGCCAAGACAAGACGAACGAGGCGUCUCGAUCGUGCAUUCAUCAAGUAGCGAAGAGACAAACCCAAUCUAUCGGUUUCUCCCAAACGCACUGCCAGGCCUCUUCCAACCACAGCCGGUUCACCUCCCAGCUCCUCUAGAAGACCUAGGGACCCAAGAGCUUGAGACGUCGCCCGAAGAGGAACUCGCAGCGCUAAGGCGACAGCGGCGAGCGAACUCAGAUGUGGCACAACAGUAUGUCACUCCGAUUCUCACUCGCCGACCAAGCUAUUUGCGGCCGUUUUCCGGUGGUGUUGUUCGUUUACCUUACACACCAAGCAAUGAUGGAGACACUCCAGAGCCGCAGUUUUCACCGACGCCAACCCCUCUCCCAGUACAGCUACCCCGAGAGGUCAGUAACUGGCAAGCACAAUCGGACAGAUUCUCAGACGCAGAGAAGGCUGCAAUAUAUCCACCUCUCACCUAUCGACCGUGGAUCCUGGGAAAUCAGUCUUUGUCUAUUCUCGCGGCCCUAUGUACGCUGAUGACAGCGGCACUCAUGUUCAGUGCCAUCUUUUCCAGCCUCAACGAUGGCCUUUUGGCUUACGGCUCCAUGUACGAUGGCAGAUACUUCCUCUUCCGCAUCUUCCCGCAGCUUCUGGCUGCAUUAACACUCUUGUAUGCCCAAAAUGUGAUCGUUGCGGCGUUCAGGGUUUUGCCUUUUUCGGCGUUGGCUUCUGACGACUCACGAUCUCGACGCAAUGUUGGCUUUCUGCCUCUAUAUCCCAAGUCGUUUCUCUGGCCGCAGCUUGUUAGCACGUGGCAGGUCUGGAUACCCAUUUUUGUUACCUGGAUAAUGAACUUCACGAUCCCGUUGCAAAGUUGUUUAUUCACUGUCGUUUAUGUUGAAGGGGCUUGGACGUGGUCGACGGUACAGGGCGUGGCUUGGGUCUUGGUUGCUAUGUACGUGUCGAUGGUAUUGUCAACGGUGCUCCUCAUCAUAUACUGGCGCAACAGACGGACUGGCCUGGGACCACAUUGGGAUAUGCGAUCGCUCGCGGACAUCAUCGCUUUAUUGUCACCGAGCAACUCCUCGCACCAGUAUGCCGGAACUGAAACUGCUGCGAGAAGAAACGAGAUGAGGCAUAUGAUGUACCGCAACAUCGAGCGCCUCGGUUAUUGGACCUCCCCUGACCCUGCGGCACCACCUUUGUGGUAUGGCAUUGGAGUUCCGACGGUGGAGGAGAAGCUCCGCCUCAGGCCGUCUGGGCCGUCCAUUCAUGAGAAGGGGCCUCGAGGGCAGCCGCCAAAUGUUGCACCUUUCGAGGGAGACGUACGGCGCCGUUACUUGCCCUGGGCUAUCCGGGAUUCCCAGAUCAUUAUGUGGGUUGUUGCGGCGUCCGUUCUGCUCAUCACUCUCUUUGCAGUGUGUUUCAAUUCCGUCACCCACAUCCAAGAUGGCUUCCUCCCACUCCUGAGUGCUGCCCCUGUGCAAGGAGCCUUCUCAGCUGCCGACUUCUUGUACGCAUUCGUGCCGGCGCUCUUGGGAAUGAUCAUUUUCCUGUCGUUCCAAUCGCUCGAUCUUAUACUACGAAUCUUGACGCCAUGGGGCAAGCUUUCUCAGAGAGAAGGGGCUUUGGCCACGGAUUCUAUUCUCCUCGAUUACGCGGCGUGUUUACCAUUAGAGUCGACAUGGAAAGCGUUCAAACGCCGUCACUGGAGGGUUGCCGCUGUCUCACUACUUUCGACGCUUCUUAUCCUAAUUCCGAUUCUAGCCGGCGGGCUCUUCAUGGCACUGACGCCACCUUCCGGGACCGUGCGGAUGUAUGCCAACAUUCCUGUAUUAGCCAUCUUGCUCACCCUGUUAUUUCUCAUGGUCGGCGGUCUCAUUUCUCUCGUCCCCAAGAGAGACCAGUUCCGCCUUCCGCAUGCGGUAACCUGUCUGACCGAGAUCAUCAGCUUCUGCUACACCGACGAGUUAUUGACCGACCCAGCUUUUGAAUGGGCUCAGGGCCACAGACUUCUGGCAGGAAAGCUUGGGGCGUACCUGGACGAAGACGAGCAGAGCCGCUGGUACUUUGGAACCGGCUACAACAGGAGCGAGCGGCUGGGCAUUAAGCGCUACGGCAAGUACACCGGCGACACGCCCAAGGUGGCUGCGGCAAAGCAGCGCGUGAAGGAGAUCCAGGAUAUGGCUGCAAGGGUGUUGGACAAACACUACGCCAGGACUAGGGCCGAGAAGAACUCACAUCGAAACAUUUCACAACCAGUUCCGAAAGGGAGCACUACGAUGAUUGGGCCUUGA